CACACACACACACACACACACACACACACACACACACACGUCAACAAGAGCUAAUUAACAAAGUAUCCUUUAUUAAACUUCGACACAGGACAGAAAGAUCUUCCUUGGAAUGACAAAUCUAUCUGUGCUGAAUCUGAUCACCACCACCGUUGCCGCUACUGCUGCCACCGCCACUCCCAGUGUAUAUAAUUCAACUGGCAGGACAGGGUGGCGGGUAUACCGGGCUUCCUCCACCACGCUGCGCCCCGCCCACACCUGUGCUGGCGUGGGCAGCGUCACCACCUUCACGUGGCUCAACUUCGCCAUCGCCGUCACCAACAUUGCGGUCAACAUCGCCAACAACAUCAACAACAACAACAAUAACAACAACAACAAUAAUAAUAACAACAACAACAAUAACAAUAUUAACGUUGAUAAUAAUAACAACAACAAUAACAAUGUGAAUGAUAUCCAGUUUCGCCCACCCAUGCGCAGACGAGAAGCAAGGAGAGUGAGGGACGAAGCUGUCAAGGACCUCAGCGUGCGGGGCGUCGCCGGCCAAGGGUGUGAACGACCCUUGGACCCUCGCGGUACCACGAGGUCACAGGAGAGCCUGCCAAGUAGACAAGUGGAUCAGGGAGACAAUGCAGUGAGGCAGCCAAGUGGACCUAAGGAGCCAUACGAAGAUGCAGCAUCCUUAGGCACUGUCUUAGCCUUGGGACUGUGGCAGCGAGUGGCAGGGGAGCGUUACCCUUCCUGCACACUCUACACCUUCUGCAGCGUCGCUCGCACCGCCGCAGACUUCUCUUACCAGAGUUUUUCAAGCUUUUCCCGCGGCGCUUCUCACGUCCACACCAAUACCACCAACAGUGGCCUCCCUCCCACCCACACACCUCGUCGCACCCUGACCGCCGUCAUAUAUUUCCUCAGCCGGGUGGUGGGUGCUCGCCUGCUAAUGGGGGGUGAGGCACUGCAUGGUGUUGAAGCCGGGGACAUCUUGGCCGCUCAGAAAAUUGGAAGUCUGUCAUUUCCUUGCCUAAAGAUCUACCCUUGUGUCCACCCUCAUCCACGGCUCUGCAUCACAGCCACAAACACAAUGUCAGCGAAAAUACACACACUAGUUGCCAUGUUCAUGUCGAUAGAACUUAUAGUGUUGACAGCCACUUGUGUGCUAGCGAGUGCCAAGUCCCACCCAAAACUUACACAGCCACAGCGAUCCCCUGGAGGUGCUGGGAGGGAUGGAAUACAUGGUUCGCAAAAUUCACUAACUUUUAACGUGACGAAGUCUGAAACAGAAACAAAUUAUGCUAAGAGGGACGGGCUUUGGUUAAUAGGUGGUGUGGUGUGGGAGAGGCCUCGUGUUGGAGGUGUUGCCUCAUGUCCACACGCUGACAGAGGCAAGGCCGAUGAGCAUGCCAGGACACGGAGGCAUCAGGCGUGGUGGCCUUGGCUGCCUCACACCACCACCACCACAAAACUGCCGCCACUCAAUCCUCUUGAGUUUGUGCGGCGACGCCGUCAACGCCUCAAGCUGAGCAACUCAGUCUCCAACAAACACAGGAGAAUGGAUUCCAAGAAAUCCAAAGUGACACAAAGGGUGACCUUCCUGCUGACUGAGGAGAACCCCGAGGACCGCUGCCCGGCGAAGGAGAACAUCAAAGUUUUUACGCUCCUUAACUUCCUCCUCGCGUCUUCCAACAUGGCCAUCAACAUAGUCAACAAUAUCAACAACAACAAUAAUAAUAACAAUAAUAACAAUAAUAAUAAUAACAAUAAUAUCGAUAACAUCAACGUCAACACCAACAAUAACAACGCAAAUAACGUCAACAACAUCGACCUUAAUCAGAUGGGACGACGACGGAGAAGAGUAACUAUACAAAGACCCUCUUUCACAGAAUCAUUCUCCUCCUAUUCCGCCUUCCAUAACAACAACAUCCUUCUCUCUGCCCACCGCUGCAUCGGUGUCAUUCCUAAAAGCCAAGCCCAGGUGGCGCUGGUGCUGGCAGUUGACCUCGUCUUGGCGGUACAGGAAGUACUUGCUGUCCAACCUAUUCUACUACAUUCUCACUCCUUCGGUAGCCGGGAAAGCCCUGCGGGGUUCUUGGAAGAUAAACGGGUAGAGAAGAUCCCCAUGACAUCUACUAGUACUCAGGCCAUUCAAGAGCUGGUGUGCGGCGCCUCACAAGUGGCUUCUCUUAGUGGCUCUCUCGCCGCCGCGGUGUUCCAGGAGUUAAGUGGAAUGGUGCUAAAGUACCUACUGCCAGACGCCUCACCUGCCCUGCUGCACUAUAUGACCACCUGCACCACCACCACCACCACCAUAUGACUAGCUACGAACCUGCCAUGACUGCCUCAGAUAUGUCCAUCACCAC